CACGGAGUAGGCAUGAAGCGGACACAGCGCGGCGCGUUGCAGGGGAAACCGGGGAGAGGAAGCUGAAGAGCCAACUAUGGGCACAGAGUGUUCCCCUCGAUCGCUGCUCCUCAUCCUUCUCCUACUGCUGCGCACAAAUGGCAUCUUCAUGUUACCAGCACCCAAGAAUGUACACAUUGACUCCUACAAUCUGCAGCACAAAUUGCUUUGGGAUCCCAUCUUAUUGGAAAAUGUGACCUACACGGUGCACUUGAUGUGGGGAAAUAAGGAUGACUAUAUUGUCCUUUGUGAGAAUCUUAUUGAGCCAGUGUGUGAUUUCACAGAAGAGAUUGAAUUUAAGUGGCGUAUUGUUGUAAGAGUACGAGCGCAACGCGGACCAGCACAUUCCAACUGGACUGAAACAUCUGAAUUCCAAGCAGCAAGUCACACCAAACUAGGUCCUGUAAAUUUUCUAAUGGUGACCACCAGGGAGGAAGAACCCAACUCUCUCUAUGUCAGUUUUGAGUCUCCUUUACCACCAAACACAGAGUACAGUAUGAAGUAUUUGCUACAAUACUGGAGAAAAGGUUUUGCCGUGAAGACAGAGCUGUGGGUGACCAAUACAUUGCUUAAACUGAAAGAUCUGGAGGCCUCAGCUGAGUACUGCGUGAAUGUAACUGCUGUCAUGAAGAUUCCUCCUGUUAUUCCCGAUCUGACUGGGGAGACAAGCCACGUAGUUUGUGCAAAAACACCAGGAGCUCCAGGUGUCACUGCAGACAAAGUUAUUUUUAUUUCUGUGGGACUCAUUAUUCUCUGCUGUAUAUUCCUGGGAUUCAGCUAUGCUUUCUCCAGGCACCGCGGACGUAUCAAAACGUGGCUGUAUCCCCCAUACAAUAUACCCCCCGACAUAGAGCAGUACUUGCAAGAACCCCCCUGGAAUGGACAUCUAGAAAAAAGCAAAGAAUUGCAUUCGGCAGAAGAGCAGUAUGAUAUUAUUUCCAUUGUGGAAAGUGAAUCCUGACAGAUUCUUGUAAUGAAGGAGAAUAGACAAGAGAGAGAGGCUGAAAAGGAUUAGGUGUUCCCUCCAAAUUCAGUGUGAUUACACUUUAAAGGAGCCUAUGGCAUUGCUGGAAACAUUUGAGGUUCAAUUUUAAGAAAAAUGCUCUACAAAUCUUAAGGUAUCCAACACAUUAUGAACUAUAAUUCCCUGCAAAAAGCUUGUUGGAAAUGAUACGUUACAAUAGCUGGAGGUAGAACCCACGGAUCAUAGAACUUACAGGCUCCUUGGGUCAGAACUAAAAAACACACAAGCAUUUUUCUGGUUUAAAUGUGUAAUUACAGGUGGGUGACAUUAAAGUCAAUGGUUGGCUGCACUGGUGGUUCAUAGUGGUAUACAGGCCCGGGCCUAGGGUGGCACAUUUUUCAGGGAGGCAUGCUGCCCAGCUGCUCUAUGGGGACGCGCUGCUCCCCAAUGCUCUGGCGGUAGUGAGGGUGGGCGCUAAGACCAUGCGGAUCGUGUGGCCUAGGGACGCCCGUCCAGCAAAUCCAGCGCUGGUGAUAUAGACACUCUCGGCUGGCAGAGAAAUGCUCAGCCAUGUGAAGCACAACAUUUUGAUCAUUUCAUUUAUGUGUAGAGGAAAAAAGGUUCCGUGCACAGAUUCCCGUUUAUUGCACUGCACUUUAAAAGCAUAGCAAUAGUGAGCGACUAUAAGGGGGGCCACAUAGGACAUAACUGUUCAGUGAGUUUUGUAGAGGAAGUGGGAAUCCACGCUCAGCCAAUUAACUCUUUAUAGAUGAAUGCAUCAAUCCUCUUAAGUAGAUGUACCGAACAUCCAAAACUAUUAGACUUUCAGUGGGAAAGAGGAGAGCUGUACACGACAAUUAUAGCCCGAAACAUGUCGUGUACAGCAGCUUAAAUAAAUAUUAAUCACAAGCAGUUAAUCUGAGUUUGAGUGCUCUCCUCUUUUCCACUGUUCAGUGAGUUUGCAAUUGAUAUUCAGCUCAGAUUCAAAAGCAACAGAUAUGAUAUGACCCAUGUGGCCCCCCCUCAAGUCACUGAUUGGUUACUGCCUGGUAACCGAUCAGAGGAAACCAAGAGAGCUGCAAAGCAGGAAGUAGUGUUCUGGCUAUUAUGUUAGACAUCCAGUCACUCCAGCCUUUAUACAUUACAUUUUUGCCUAACUAACUAUAUUAGAAACAUUUUUUUAUUUUGCACAGCCUAUUUACCCAGUUUUGAAUUUUUAUACUGAACAAUUCCUUUAAAGAAGAAGAGCGGCAGGGACGUGGAUUUGAAUACUAUAGAGAAGCUGACCCUGCUGUCCGGGCCCUACCCCCUGCAACCAGGUCUGGACUGAGAACCAAAAUAGGCCCUGGCAUUUCAGGUACCCAGAGGCCCCAACAGGUCGCACAGAGGCCCAAACAGCCCCCCACAAGCCCACUAAAUAGUGAGUGUCUAUAGCAUCUUACAGCAGCCCCUCUGGCAUUUGCCAGAACCCACAAAUUGCCAGUCCGACCUGCCUGCAACCGUGGGGUCUGCUUUCUCUAUAGUUACUCCACUGUCUCUAGGACGGCUACAUUUGUGUUUACAGCAAAUUUCACCCUGGUGGAGAAUCCUCAGGAAUUUCAAUUAACAAUUGUUAUCCUAGUUGAUCUCAGACGGGGUUCAUAAUCAACUACAGGUAUGGGACCUGUUAUCCAGAAUGCUCGGGACCAGUCGCUUUUCGGAUAAUGGAUCUUUCUGUAAUUUGGAUCUUCAUACCUUAAAUCUACUAGAAAAUCAUGUAAACCUUAAAUAAACCCAUUUGGCUGGUUUUGCUUUCAAUAAGGAUUAAUUGUAUCUUAGUUGGGAUCUAGUACAAUACACUGUUUUAUUGUUACAGAGAAAACGGAAAUCAUUUUUAAAAAUUUGGAUUAUUUGGAUAAAAUGGGAGGUUAUCUUUCUGUAAUGUGGAUCUUUCUGGAUAACAGAUCUGUACUUUGUUGCCUUCUAAAGGGCCUAGAUUCACAGUGUGGGCUUUUUGACAUUAACGUGUUGAUAUAUUUAUGCUGGCGCCAUGGAUUUUAAGGUAUCUGGCAAAUUAGCAGUUCCUUUAUUUCUCAAAAUGUUUUUAUUAUUGUACUAAAUGGAGGAGUCUCAUUCUGAAUCCCCCGUGUAUCUGUACAUGUCAUUGUUUGCAAACAUUCUGCCAGUAAAUUCCAGUUCUGUUAAUGAUUGA